UGGAAAGAUUGAAAAAGAAGAACCCUUACCUCCCCUAUUUAUGAGGUCAGCGUUUCGGAGUGUGAGGUCAUCUCCAUUCUCGUCUUUCGGAAACCUAAACCACUCUCACUCUCUCACGUCUCAACCCUCAGCCUGAUCAUCUCCGGCGACGACCUCGGCGGCACAACCUUCCGUAGCCACGAGCGAUUCACCCACCCCAUUCCCAUUCUCUUCCGAUAGCAGAACUGCAAACACCCACGACUAGCGGCGGCGUUAGCUUCUUCCACAAACGGUCCGCCGAGACUCGACCCAGACCUCCGGCGGCGUAGAUUUUUUGAACUGCGCAUUUUUGUUGGUCGCGCCUCCUUCCCAGCUGCUUCGUACGACAUCCCCCAGCAGAUUCUCCUUCAGCAAUAGCCGCCCCGGCGGCGCAGAUUUGAAAUCUAAGACAUUCUUCUGCUCUGUUGAUUGCAAUGAAGUCCCUAAAGAAUGCUGUCCCUACACGACCAUACAAGGAGCGAGCUCAGCUGCAUUCUCGGAAAAACUUUGGGCUUUUUGAGAAACAAAAAGACUAUGUCGAGUGGGCUAAAGCUUAUCAUAAGGAGGAAGCCACUUUGGAUAAACUUAAACAGAAGGCAGUCUUUAGGCAUCCAGAUGAAUUCUACUUUAAGAUGAUUAGGAUGAGAACAGUUGAUGGCAUCCAUAGACCAGGGAGAUUGGUAAAUAAGUAUACUGCACAACAACUCCUGCUGAUGAAAACCCAAGGUGCAGGGUAUAUACUUCACAAAAUGCAGAUUGAGGAAAGAAAAAUUGAAAGACUGACAGCCACGUUACAUUCUCUUGAUAAUGAGCCAUCAAACGACUUUGCUGAAGACAGAGAUGAGGCUGAUGAAAUUCAAUCUCCUUCCCCUGAAGGUAGAUUGGUAGCAUUGUCUGAAGCAGUGCCUAAUAGCAUUAAACGGAAAACAACUGCUUCUUACAAAGAAUUGGAGGCAAGGAGGAGUAGAGUGUGGGAAUUAGAGAAGCUUUAUAGGGAUAUCAGAUUGCAACAAGAAUUAAGGAAAAUGGGUCGCAAACGUAAACUGUGGGAAGAUGAACUCUCCAAUCCAACUUCUAAUCCUGUAUACAAGUGGCGGGCAGAACGAAAACGCUGAAAGAGAGCAACUGAGCAAAGCACUGCCGCCGACCUAAAGUAUUGCACAAAUAGCCUCACAACAGCAACCACAUAAAUUUUGCGGGUUCCUUAGUUAAUAUGCAAUUUCUUUUGUUUUCUGUUUUCUUUUCUUUUUUAGUUUCAAAGUGUAAUUAGUCAACAACACAUGUCAUUUGUUUCUUGAUGGUCAUGGAAGAUUAUAAUGAAGUUACUGCUACUGUUCUUAGUUAGGAAUAUAUAUAGUUUGAUUUUCAUACA